AUGUCCAGCUCAGUAAUCACAUUGUCUGCGGUAGGACCAUUACUUCCCAGGAAUCUAGACUUUAAGAAAAUAUUCGUCGGUGAAGACCAAACCAUCCACUUGAUAGCUUCGAAUAGGAUACAUAUCAUAGGCACACUGGAAGGAAUGCUGUACAAGCUCCGCGGAGAGAACAUUGAGUCGAUCUGUUAUAGAAUUUUAAUAACACCAUUUGAAACAUUGUUUUGUGCCGAUGUUCUUGGAUACCCAAACACACUCUUUGUUGCCACUAAGGAGAAGCUCGGCUUCGUAGGAAAUUAUAAUUCUCCAGGAGAGAGAGAUUCUCGAGUUGUUUCUGAAGGAUUCUCACCAGAAUCCCAGUCAGACAUGGAAAUACCCAACAAGAUACGUUACACUGGGGGCAUCGUGGAUUGCGAGGGGAGAGUUUGGUUGAUGACUUGUAAGGGAAUAAACUCCUCUGGCCAACUCUUUCACCUUGAUAAGGACUGGAAACCAGCCAAUCCUCGAUACGUGAGUACCCAGCGUUUCAGUGGAAUAUGUUGGAGCUUGGAUGACCGAACCAUAUACAUCCAUGAGAUGGCGCGAAAUAACUGCAUACUUGCUUACGACUUUGAUAUCGAGACAGGCAUCAUUAAAAUGGACAAACACAGGCUAUUUUAUGAAUUCGAAAAUCCCAAGGAAUAUCCAAUGGCUUUUGCGAUAGAUUCAAAAGAUCAUAUGUGGUGCGCAGUAGCUGGGACCUCAAGAAUUAUCAAGAUAAGCCCACAGAGUGAGAUUGUGGGAGAAGUUCAUUUGCCAUAUCCUCAUGAACCUAUCGACUUGCAAUUCAUCGGCAACGAGUUGGUUAUCCUUACAAAAAGAAACUUUAAAAGUGAUGGAGUUUUGCCGAUGAGUGAUACUUCUCAUGAAUUGGUAAAGAAUAGCAAAGAAGCACCGCAUGGCAACAUCUUCACUGUGGAUAUUGGCUACAUUGGUAAACCAAGAUAUUUCUAUAAGUUGGACCCAGAGGAACUUUCUUUGUUGAAGAAUUCUGGUCUAUCUUUUGGGGAAAAUUUUAGAGUUUCUGAGGGAGGUCUUGAGCGCUUUGUCAGUUCGAUCUGGUCUGACAUAUCGCGAAAUAUAUAA